UGAGACACUGAAGUUGUCCUUUGCACGCCACUGGAGAUAUCAGAUUUAACUUAGGAUUGAAAAUAUAGUUGGAUUAUAAGAUCGGGGACUAGAUUGGAUAGAAUUGAAAGGUUUGAUAUCGCUGGAUGCCGUUAUAGGAUGCAACAUUCGAGUCCUGCACCGAUACUUUCAAAUGCAACGCAGUCGAGAGUAAAUAUGACGAACCAGCAAGAUGGACAGAGAAGCGUGGAAACCAAUACAGACGACUCGAAACCGAAUUCGCCUUCCCUCCCUAGUUGGGUCCAUGAAAAAACGAAAGCGGGAAAAGAUCGAAAACGGCUACCUCUUGCUUGCCAGACGUGUAGAAAAAAGAAAAUUAAAUGUUCAGGAGAGCGUCCAUCGUGUGAUCAAUGCUUAAAGCAUAACACCUCUUGCGUUUACAAGUCAAAUCCUCGAAGAUCCCAUUCAAGACAUGAAGAAAUUCACCAUCAUCAACAGUUGCAUCUUCAGCAACAACAUAAUCGUGCUGCUGCUGCUGCUACAGUGAAUGCUUCUGGGCCUCACUCACAAGAGCCCUUACCCGAACAGGUUGGUAGCCCUCGUGACUCGGCUCCUUCUUCAUCGUCUUCUUCUGUAAGCAUGAAUAUACCGAACCAAAAAAGCUCUUCGUCUUUGAAUUCUCCUGCUUCAUAUCCGUAUAUGCUGAAUUCUCGAUUACCUGUUGGUAAUCCACAGGUGUCAAUGAUGUCUGCUUCACUUUCUAAGAAUCUUGUUCUCGACCGAAAUAACUCAAAUUCUGCGUCGCCUGAAUCAACUUCUAAUCCUACUUCUAGUAAUAAUGUUUAUCCUUCCGAAGUCAUGUAUGUCCCAUCCGCUACGAAUCCUUCUAUUUCAAAAAGCCAGAGUUUCACCGGGAACGUCCCUAUGACAGACGUCGCUUCCGUCCUGCCUAUUGUAUCUACAAACGGUUCCAAUUCGAACUCCGUUGUCGCUGCUCCAAUUCCCCUUAGUCCAGCAGUUCAAUACCAAUCACAACCACCGACGAGAGUUCCUGUAACGCCUGCGGCGACUUCUAUUCCUCCUCCGGAUCCUUUACCGUUUGUCCCUUCUCAUCCUACUGCCACCGACAAUUCCAUGUUCCCUACCAAUGCAAUUCCUUCGCUUUCCUCUGGUGAAUAUCCUCUUUACUCUAAUUAUGGUGGUUAUUCUCCUAAGCCUCAGUUUCCCUUCUUUGACAAUAAAUCAGGUAACGCAUUUCCGCCCUCAACGUAUUCAGAUGUCCCCAAUAUGGCUACUCAACCUAUCGUGACCGACAAUUAUGCACUCGGUACAAACUCCUCUAAUGAAAAAAAUGAAACCGACCGGGAAACGGCUCUCAUUGACGCUAAAAUGCCUGACCCUCUUGCUAGCCUUACUAUGCCAUCCACUCCAGUGACGGAGCUGCCACCUUUGGAAUUACGAAUUCACCUUGCUGAGGUAUUUUUUCAUUGCUGCCAUGGUCAAGCUUAUAAUUUAUUUCACCGUCCAACUUUUUUUGAAUCCCUUAAUAAUAACACAAUUCCUUUGGUACUUGUUUAUGCUAUGUGCGCCGUUUCCGCGCGCUUCUCCUCACGUAUGCAUGAUCAGUAUUCUCCCCCUUAUAUGGCCGGUGAACAGUUUGCUAGAGAGGCUCGUCGACUAGCGUUGGACAAUUUUGAUAGGCCUGAUUUGUCACUGGUUGCGGCCCUUUUGUUAUUGUCUUUGCAUGAUUCCGGAACGGGGGAGAACGGCAAAAGUUGGAUGUACGGUGGCAUGGCUCUUCGCAUGGCGGCAGCAUUGCAACUUAAUUGUGAACAAGGAAGUAAUCCGUUGGAUCUAGAUAACAUUGACUCUGGUCCACGGAUCUCUUUCCUUGAACGUGAACUUAGACGUCGUACCUUUUGGUCUUGUUUUUUGAUGGACAGAUGUAUUUCUUCUCAUGAGCACUUGCAGUUUUUGGACGAAAAUGACAUUGGAAUACAACUUCCUGUGCACGAGUUGUUAUUCACCAAGCAAAUUGCUGGUGUAACUCAGACUCUGGACGGAAGAAUUUUGGAAGGUGUACCGAGCAUUGUAGUUCCUUCUGAUACUACCGAAAACAUGGGUGUGGCUGCGUACAUUGUGAAGAUUAUAGUAAUCUGGGGAAGAGCCGUUAAGUAUUUUAAGCACGAUGGUCGGCGAAGGGAUCCUCAUCCAUUUUGGCAUAGAAAUUCUGAUUUCACCCAAAUUAGUGAAGCUCUUUAUAAGUGGGCUGACGGGCUUCCUCAAAGGUUGAGGUACUCUGUCGUAGGAUUGGAAAAUCACCUAUCUAUACAGCAAGGUGCUCAGUAUGCAUUUCUUCAUUUAGCUUACCACUACACCUUAAUGUGGCUUUUCCGUUCCAUUGGUGAAUCUGAAAACAACCAGCUUUCGAGAACGUCGAGUACAGUAUCUUUGACCGGAAAUACUAUUUCUUUCUCACCAGUGCGGCACAAUCCUCAUGAAUCUCAUCAUAGCGAGUUUCAGGCUGAACAAAAGCCAGAAAGCCACGUCAAUAGUGCUGCAAGGCGUCUACACAAGGCAGCACGUGAAAUGUGUUUACGAUGUGCUAAUGCAAUUUCAAUGAUCGUUGAUGAUUGCAGAAAGCACAAUGUAAUUCUGACUUCUCCAUUUAUUGCUUCAGGUGUGUAUACAGCAUUUUGUAUUCAAACUGAAGCUGCUUUUGGAUUAAAUGUUUUAACUGCAUCUACAGCUAGGCAUAACCUGGAAAUUGAUCUGAGAUUAAUGUUGGAAAUGAAAAAUUAUUGGGGCUCUAUAGGAGCGUUGUGCGAAAGAAUGUCCGAAAUAUGGGCGGACUGGGUACAACGUACAUCCUCUGGUUCUGCCGUUAAUGACACUGUUGCGAAUGAGCCUAUUGACGAAGAAAAAAUGUUAGAUUUGGAGAAGCAUUUUAUGUAUAUAGCUGAAUCUCCAAUGGUUGCCAAUCAUAACGUUCAAGAAAGUUAUUCUUCAGACUUGAUGUCCCACUUUGGAUUACCGAAGAAUGCAGAUUGGAAUCAAUGGAACGGUCUUUGGCCAUCGGAUGAUUUACGAAACUACCAAGAAUCUACAAUUGAUAGUCUGGUAGCGUAUGCAACUGGAAACCCUGGGUGGAAUGUCUCUUUCGCUGGUUAAAAAAAAAAGAGAAGAUGAAGAAGUCAGAUAUAUUUGCAUGUUAACACUUUCGUUUUCUACUUAUACGUAGUCGAUGAUUCAACUUCGGUGAUCUGUUAUCCUUUUUUUCAGAAAAUUGCGCAUACUAUAUUGGAAAAGGUGAAAAAUUACCAACUACUUAUACCUUCUUUAUGUUCGGAAUUGAAAACAUUCCGAUGCAUCGAUAAGUCUAUCUAUUUGUUUGUUGACUUUAUUUUAUUAUUGUUUGGUUGUCAUUAUGGUUCUGUAUGUCUUGACGUUUAAUAUGUACAUAAUCCUAGGUUCGGGUAGUCAAUAGGACAGCAAUGUUUGGUAUUUAAGUGAAAAAUUAGGUUAUAUUAUUUUUGUUAUUAUUCUUAUCAUAAAUAGUUGGGUUUCAGUAAGG